UCCAUGGUCUGAAGGAGGCUGAGUUUAGGGAAAGUAUCGACGUUCCCGCUUGUCAAUCAUAAGGAACCGAAGGGAGCGAAACUGGGAGGAAGGCCGGCGAAACAAGUAUUUUUUGAGCAACUCUAAUGUACAGCUUGUGCAUCGAUAAUGGGAGUCAAGGUUGGAGAGAAUUGCCAUCCUGUUUCGGGAGGAAAGAUUGAUUCGACUUACAAAUAAAUCAGAUAAAACCUUCUAAGUGCACGUCGAACUUGGCGAGUGUCAAUCGCAGCUGAAUGUAGCUGUGGUUCCUGUCUUGAAAACGAAAACGGGGGUUGUUCCUCCAGGGUAAGUGUUUACAUACCAGUGUAAACACUUUUGUCGGAAUAUUUCAGGACAGUAUAGCUGUUAGGUGUUCAACUUUUGGCACAUUUUCCUACUCGACUAGGGGACUCGAGGGGAGUUUGUGCCCUCAAGUGUCGCUGUUGGGAACCACUCAUACAGAGUGGACCGCCGUGUGAGAGAGAGGAGUGACGGUUCGCGUCUGAAACUUGCACCACAAACCUCUCCACGGCGCAAAACGAGGGAGAAGAUGAGUGGGGGAGAUGUGGUGCAUUCGGGGUGGUUGAGAAAGUCUCCACCAGAGAAAAAGUUGAGACGUUAUGCAUGGAAAAAGCGGUGGUUUUAUUAGCCGGUAGGUGACUGACCGGGGGAUGACGUUCUGGAAUACUACAAGAAUGACCACGCCAAGAAGCCCAUUCGCGUGAUCGACCUAAACCUGUGUGAGCAGGUGGACGCGGGGCUCACAUUCAACAAGAAGGACCUGGAGCACAGCUUCAUCUUCGACAUCAAGACCAUCGACAAAUACCUGAGUGGCCCGACACGAGGGAGGGAGAUGAACAAAUUAGAUUAAGCUACAUCCUGCGACAUCUGCGGAUUCAACCCCACAGACAGCGAUGACCCGUCGAAGGUGGCGCAGCAGUCGGGGAGCGCAGGGGUGGAUGUGGGCCUGGGCUCGUCGCUGGGGCCUCUUGGCCACUCGGUCCUGACCAGCGUGCCCCCGCCUUACCAGCCCGUUAGCGUGAGCCACCUGGAGUCCUCGUCCAGCCUAGACGAACCACAGGACUACCUCUGGCUGGUCAACUGUGAGAGCAAGAAGCCGGACACCAGCAGGUCUCAUGGCGACUGCUCUAAGUCCACGUCCUCAGAGCCCGACUGCAACGACAACCUGCCACUGCACCGCACGCCCCCGACCGCCUGCUCGUCGGCCAAGCACACGUCCGUCAACGGCUUCUUCCCUUCGCACUCGCACCCCUCAUCGGCCUCGUCGGCCGCCGCCCUGUACGACUCGCCGCCCUCGCGCCACGGCCCCUCGCUGCCCCCGCCCACCGACCCCAGCAGCCUCUACCAGCUGCCUCGCAGCCGUUCGCAGGACACGGUCAUGCCGGUGCCAGCCGGCCGCUCGGCCUCGGAGAGCGAGUCGUCCGAGCUGUACGUCUUCAACACGCCGGGCCGCAAACCCUCGCUAGAGGCGCAGCUGCGCAACAUGACGUGCUACGACAUCCCGCCCACCCCCGGCAGCGGCUGCUCGUCCUACCUGCCCUGGAGCAUGAGCAGCGGCGGCGGCAGUGAGCGGGGGGGAGGUGGAGGGAUGGAGCCUCUCGGAGGAGGAGAAGUCGUGCCCCCACCCCGCCCGCCCAAGCCCUCGCUCUCGUCGUCCAUGGCCACGAUGCCGGCCGGGGGGCCACCGGAGAGGUCGCCCACGGACACCUACGCCGUGCCACGCUCCAUCUCGGAAACAGACGGAAACUACUGCGUGCCGACCAGUGCGGGGAACAAAGCGCUGCGCAGCAACACCAUCGGCCCUAUGGACACUUCGCGCCUCCGCAAAGAUUUUGGAUCCCAGGACUGCUAUGACAUCCCAAGACCCUUUGCAUCAGACAAAUGUGGCGCAUUUGAAUUCAACGAAAAUCUAAGCAAUUAUUUUAAAAACAAGGGUAUGAUGCCUGUGAGCAGCGCUUCCACGGAGGAAGUGGACGAAAAUUACGUGCCCAUGAGCGCCAACUCGCCCUCCCACCGGCGCUCGGGCAGCCUCUCCGAGCCCAUCCAUGAGCCCAACUACGUACCCAUGACCCCGGGCACGGUGGAGUUCUCCUCCCUGGGCAAACAGGUGCCCCCGCCGGCCCACAUGGGAUUCCGCUCCAGCCCCAAGACGCCCCCACGGAGACCCAUGCCUUUGAACGAGUGCCAGCCGCCUCCCGUGGACCGCCAGCCGCCCCCCGUGGACCGCAACCUUAAGCCAGAUCGCAAAGGUCAAAGCCCUAAGGUAUUAAGAGCUAAGCCAGUCGGUCUUGAGCGAACCGACUCACAAACCAUAGGUGAAUUCCCAAGACGACGCAAGGCCAGACCAGCCCCUUUGGAGAUUAAGCCCCUGUCGGAGUUGGAGGAGUUCACGGCGCCCGUCCGCUCACCGGACACCAGGACGUUCGCCAGGGAUCUCUCCAGGUUUCCCAUGCCUCCAAGACCCUCGUCGGUGCAAAGCACUGCCUCCAGCACCGAUUCCGAGGAGUGUGAGGAGAAUUAUGUAGCCAUGCAAACAUCUAGUAUGUCUUCAGACGAACCAAACCUUAAGCUGAGUGCUCAGAUGAACGCAGAUGGAGGCAGUAGUCCCAUGGUGCCGCUUAAAGGAGAUAAACAGGUGGAGUACCUGGACUUGGAUCUGGACCCUGGCAAAUCCACACCCCCACGGAAGAAAAAGAGCAACGGGACGGGAGCGGCUGUGUCAGACGAGCGUGUGGACUAUGUGGUGGUGGACCAGCAGCGAACGCUAGCUCUCAAGAGCACUAGAGAGGCAUGGACUGAUGGCAGACAGUCCACUGAGACCGACACCCCGAUCAAAGGACCUAAAUAAACACUAGCCACCUCCACCAAACUAGCCCCAGCUCCCACUCUUUCCCCCACUCUCCUUUCUCCUGACGGAGUCGCCUUUCUGGGCCUAAGCGCUAAGGAGACUGUGCCAUGGAUGGAUUUGGACACAAAGAGAUGGUGAAGGAGAGCAUAUCAGUGGCCUAGAUACUAGACUGCGUCCCUCCCUUGAGGCCUGUAGUUUACAUUGCCACCUGGCUGGAGGCCAAGCACAACCUCUCAAGGAUUUGCGAGGAUGUCUGCUUUCCGUUGCUCCCCAGGGUCUUCUUGAGGAUCUGGGAUUCUCUGUUUUGUAGGGUGAAGAUGACCUGUGAAGGCUCACAGGAUAUGAAGCCCUUUAGGACACUUAGACUGGAACCCCCCAUGCAGCGAAAGAUGUUUUCUCUAAGGAUUUCAUUUUUUUUUUUUUAUCAUCUAGCCAAAUCUGACGUGAACACUGUCCAUAAAUAUGUGGGCUUAAAAAAGGUAGAACAUACAUUUUGCUGUCAAUUUGUACUGAUCUAGCCACAUUCUGAAUACUUAACUAUGUUAAAGUGUUCUUUAGGAGUACUGCCUUAAUUAUAUCAGUAAAAAAAUCUUUAGUUUUCUGAUAGGUGCAUUCCAUGAAAUAUCCUGAUUCUUAGAAGCUAUUCUGUACCAAACAGUGAUGCAGAUCAUUUUUGGAUCUUUUUUUUUUUCUCUUUUUGGAGUUCUUGAGUGCUCCUCCAUGUGAUGUUUUAAACUUAAAACCGUGAAUGAGACUGCGUAAUUUCUCUCGGCCCUUUGAAUGGGGCACACAGAGAAAAAAACUCAAGUGGACAGCAGCACCUAGUCAGAGUUUUACUCGACUCGAGUUGAGGUGGCUAAGCAAGAAGCAUCAUUAACGUUGUUCAACCAAAACAUCUGCAAAUCUGAAGGAAUUCCUUUCACUGAAUCGCACAGCUCAGAGUGCUUCUUACUCCUGGCAGAGGAAAUGCAGAUGGACUGUAUGAUGUGCAUUUGUUAUGGUGUGUAUAUUUUUUUCAAAGUGUCCUUUGACUUGUGUUUAUAUCCAGGAUGUAAAAGCUUUCAUGUAGAUUCAGGAUAGAAAUCUGCACCUUCUGAGAUGGCUAUCAAGAACUACACUAUGAUGGAUGACAUGAGAUAUUGGAAUCAAUAACUGUGACUGCUACUAUUGGAAGCUGAUGCUUCCUGAUAGCUAUGGAAGGUAUCAUACUAAAGAAUAAGAUAAAGAAGUCAGGUACUCAUUUAAUUACUUAACACAGCUAUCCAUUUCUAAUUUAUUUUUGUGUCGUUUCAUCACUAGAUUGAUUGAUCUUUGCCUCAUGAUGCGUUUUGCUUAAAAGUGUUUUUCUUAGUUUAUUUGCCAAAUUUAGAUGAUUCUUAAGUAGAGACGCUUGUUUUAAAAUGCCUUUCCCAAGAUACCUCCACCCCCUGCCAACUUUGAUUUUGUUUCACUCCAGUUCUCCUCAAACUGGCUUUUUGAUUUAUUUUCUCACUUGUUUAAUAACUUAUUUCAAAUGGAUUUCCCACCACUGUCAAAUACUUAUUGCCUUAUCAGGUGUAUUUGUAUGUUGUAAAUAAGACUGAUCAUGGCAUUUCAGCUCAUACUAUUUCUAAUGAAUAGUUGGUUUUUACUAACUUUCUUCUCCUUUGAAGCCCAAUCGAGGGUGCUACAGGUGCGUUUCUACGCUGUUGAGGGCACCCAUGCUGUAAAUAUUUGCGCUCAAAUUUUCAAGCAUGCUCCCACUGAAUAAAAUCUAAAACACUGAUGCUUAUACUGUUGUUUCUGUACUUAAAUCUUCUCUCCCCUCAAGUGGAAUGGUGUCAAAGAACCUGGAGGAUCUUAAAGCUUUGUAUCUUUUUUAAUGAAUCAAACAGAAAAGUACAUUUGAAAAUGAACUAAAUAAAACCUACCUUUAUGCAA